AUCAACGAAAAAAAUAGCACGCUAUUUCGCGGUUAUAGCGCGGUUAUAGCAUAUUCGGAAGGGAGACGUUACGUUUUGACAAAAUCGGCCGCUACGGCGCUAAUCGCGUAAUUAGCGCGCUACACACGCUAUAACGUUGUAGCGUUUUAACGUUAUAACGUGCAGACCAUGCAAAACUAAAAUAAGCACAGCCCAGCAGGCCCACUCCUUUUAUCAGUCUCCCAUCUAACCGGCUAACCCUAGUUCUCACAUCUCAUCCCCUUCCCAGUUCCCAGCCCAGAUGAGCGGCGGCGGCGGCGGCAACAUCUGGGCGUGAGCGCCGGCAGCGACAACAUCUAGUCAUCAGCACGGCGGCAACAUCUUCACGUGAGCAGCGGCGGCAUCAUCAUCUCGCGGCGGCGGCGUCCUCCAUGUCGACUCCAUCCUAUUCCUAGCACGGACGGGCGAUGUCAACCGCACCGUCGGCAAGUCAACCACCAGGCAUUGGUGCUUCAAGCACAGCAUCAACGGUGCAAGGAGAAGCUGCUGUUGUGAAUGUGAAAUCAAAAGACCCAGGAUGGAAAUAUUGCAGUUGUCCUGACGAAAACAAGAGGAAUUCUUUGAAGUGCAUUUUCUGUAAUCAUGUGUACACCAAUGGUAUUACUCGAAUCAAGCUCCACCUUGCAAACAUUCCAACUUCCGGUGUUGUUCCCUGUACAAAAGUGCCAGCUGAUGUAAGGGAUGAAAUCACUGAGUUUUUGACAAAGAAGGGUGAUAAAAAGGCAGCAAAAAUUUCAGAGCAGAAGAGGAUUAGAUGUGAAGUGGACUUGAGCCACUCAGAGGGGGAAGGUUCAAGUGAUGAAGAUGGUAGAAGCAAUUCUGUUGUUAUGCUUAAGUCGGCGAGAGGCAAAACAUCUAAAUCCACAGGUGGGCCUAUGGAAAAAUUCUGCCAACUAUCACCUGAAGAUGCUAACGCUGCAAGGAAGGAAAAAUCUAGUGAGAGCAUCCAAUUAAAGUUGACAACUGGGGAGAGACUGAAGAAAAGGAACCGUGCUUGUGAGUACAUAUGCCAGUUCUUCUAUGAAGCAUGCAUUCCCUUCAAUUCAGUCACACUUCCAAGCUUUGCCCUUAUGCUUCAGUCAGUUGGACAAUACGGCGAAGACUUGCCAGGUCCUAGUCCUUAUGAAAUGGGUGGCCCAUUCUUGAAGAAGAGAAAGAAGAAAGUGAUGGAAUCCUUCAAAGCACACAGGGAAGCUUGGGAGCUCACUGGAUGUACAAUCAUGACAGAUGCGUGGACCGACAUAAGAGGAAGAGGGGUAAUGAAUCUGGUAGUCCAUAGUGCAUAUGGUGUGGUUUUUCUCGAUUCUUUUGAUUGUUCAGCUGUGAAGAAAGAUGGCAAGUACAUCUUUCAGCUUGUAGAUGAUUGCAUUGAAGAGAUUGGGGAGAAACAUGUAGUUCAAGUGGUGACUGAUAAUGCAAGUGUGAAUCAAGCAGCAUCAACUUUGUUGAAUGCAAAGCGGCCCAACAUAUUCUGAAAUGGUUGUGCUGCCCAUUGUAUUGAUUUGAUGCUAGAGGACAUCGGUAAGCUGCCAUCAGUUGACUCCACUAUUACAAAAGCUAGAGCUGUGACGGUUUUCCUUUAUGCACACACAAGGGUUUUGAGCCUAAUGAGGGAGUUCCUUGGGAAAGAUCUGGUUAGGUCCGGUAUUACUAGGUUUGCUACAGCAUACUUGAACUUGGAGAGCAUGCUGGAUAACAAGAAGCAACUCCAGAAGCUAUUUAGAUCAGAUCAACUUGAUGAAAUGGGCUAUCUAAAAAAGGCUAAAGGAAGUGAAGCCAACAAAACUGUGCGCUCUGAAUUUUUUUGGAGAGGAGUAGAUAUUGCCGUGAAGUUCUUUGAACCAUUGGCUAACUUGCUAAGGAGAAUGGACACUGAUGUACCAGCUAUGGGAUUCAUAUACGGCGCCUUUUUGGAUGCAAAGAAAGAGAUCUCAGCCAAGUGUGAAAAUGAACAACAACGAUCUUGUUUUCAAGAAGUGUUGGAUAUAGUGGAUAAAAGAUGGGACAACAAAUUGAAGAGGCCGCUACAUAGGGCUGGAUACUUCUUAAAUCCAUACUACUUUUAUGAAAACAAGCUACAAAUUUUGUUGGAUCCAACAUUUAAAGAUGGGGUUGUAAGUUGCAUGGGAAAAAUGGUGGAAGAUGUUCUCCUUCAAGACAAAAUCACGGAUGAGCUUAAGGCAUAUCAAGGUGAAGAGGGGUCAUUUGGAAGAGACAUUGCUAAAAGGCAGCGGAAAAACAAAAACUUUGAUCCAGGUGCAUAUUUACAUUUAAUUUUUUCUCCAUUCUCAAGUCAGAACUUGCAAUGCUUUCUUAACUCCGGUUUUUACUCUUAAUGAAGCUGAUUGGUGGUCCAAUCAUGGGUCAAGUGCACCAAAUCUCAGGGUAUUGGCGAUGCGGAUUUUGAGUUUGACAUGCAGCUCCUCGGCUUGUGAGAGGAAUUUCAGUGUUUUUCAGCAGGUCAGAAAGAUGCAUGCCAUAUGUCAACUUGUUUAUUGUCUAUCCAUGUGUUGAUUGAAGUAGAAAGAUCCUUGACAUACGUUUUAGUACUUAUAGUAGGACUAUUUGGUGCUUGUCAAUUGUCAUGCUACCUUGAGCAUCAUGUUUGAAUCUUAACCAGUAUCAUGUUUGAACAACUCAUAACCAGAAUAGUCUUUUGCUUUUAAGAAGAGGAAGAAGAAUGUUAACCAGAAUAGUCUUUUGCUU